UCCCGCAGCAGCAUAGGUGAGCGCCCCCAUCUCCCUGCAGCAUAGGUGAGCUCUCCUCUGCAGCACAGGUGAGCGCCCCCCCCCAAGCACAGGUGAGCCCCCUCAGGUGCCUGCAGCAGGUACACAGCAGCAGCAGGUGCCAGAUGCUUGCUGGGGCCUCUCCACACGGUGGAGCGGUAGGACCUCUUGAGAGGACGGAGCUGGCCUGGGUCCUGGGGCAAGAUCUGUGCUCCGAGUGGCCCUUUGGCUGUGUCCCGGCUGACACGGGCCUCUUGCAGGCCUUCCCUGGGGCACGGGGGACAGCGCGGGGCACCCCUGCUGGGGACUGCAGCCUGGCCUCGUCCUGGCACCGAGUCACCCGCAGCUGCCCCGAGCUACCUGCUAUAUCACGGCGGCGGCCAGGCUGGCAGCUGGGUGGCCUCCCGGCUGGCCUGGGCUCCGUGGGAGCCGGCCAGCCGCCCCCGUGGGCCUCUUGGGAAAUCCCGGGUGCCUGCCAGCCUCCUGGGGACCGAUCCCAGGCUGCUCUGGAGCCGGAGGCGAGCUGGUGCCCACAUGACUACGUCUAUUUUGAGAACUCCUCCAGCAACCCGUACCUGAUUCGCAGGAUCGAGGAGCUCAACAAGACGGCCAACGGCAACGUGGAGGCCAAGGUGGUGUGCUUCUACCGGAGGCGCGACAUCUCCAGCACCCUCAUCGCCCUGGCCGACAAGCACGCCACCCUGUCUGUCUGCUAUAAAACCGGACCAGGGGCCGACAACGGCGAGGAAGGGGAGAUCGAGGAGGAGAUGGAGAACCCCGAGAUGGUGGACCUGCCCGAGAAGCUCAAGCACCAGCUACGGCACCGGGAGCUGUUCCUGUCCCGGCAGCUGGAGUCGCUGCCCGCCACUCACAUCAGAGGGAAGUGCAGCGUCACCCUGCUCAACGAGACGGAGUCGCUCAAGUCCUACCUGGAGCGGGAGGAUUUCUUCUUCUAUUCUUUAGUCUACGACCCCCAGCAGAAGACCCUGCUGGCCGAUAAGGGGGAGAUCCGCGUGGGAAACCGCUACCAGGCGGACAUCACUGACCUGCUGAAGGAAGGUGAGGAGGACGGCCGAGACCAGUCCAGACUGGAGACCAAAGUGUGGGAGGCGCACAACCCGCUCAUAGACAAGCAGAUCGACCAGUUCCUGGUGGUGGCUCGCUCCGUCGGCACCUUUGCGCGAGCCCUGGACUGUAGCAGCUCCGUCCGGCAGCCCAGCCUGCACAUGAGCGCCGCGGCCGCCUCCCGGGACAUCACCUUGUUCCAUGCCAUGGACACACUGCACAAGAGCGUGUACGACGUCGCCAAGGCCAUCUCGGCGCUGGUGCCGCAGGGCGGGCCCGUGCUCUGCAGGGACGAGAUGGAGGAGUGGUCGGCCUCCGAGGCCAGCCUUUUCGAGGAGGCUCUGGAGAAGUACGGGAAGGACUUCACGGACAUUCAGCAAGACUUCCUGCCCUGGAAGUCCCUCACCAGCAUCAUCGAGUACUACUACAUGUGGAAGACCACCGACAGAUACGUGCAACAGAAACGCUUGAAAGCGGCUGAAGCGGAGAGCAAGUUAAAGCAAGUGUAUAUUCCCAACUAUAACAAGCCCAACCCGAACCAGAUCAGCGUCAAUAACGUCAAGGCAGGCGUGGUGAAUGGCGCGGGGGCGCCAGGCCAGAGCCCUGGGGCUGGCCGAGCCUGCGAGAGCUGUUACACCGCCCAGUCUUACCAGUGGUAUUCUUGGGGUCCCCCUAACAUGCAGUGUCGCCUCUGCGCAUCUUGCUGGACAUAUUGGAAGAAAUAUGGUGGCUUGAAAAUGCCAACCCGGUUAGAUGGAGAGAGGCCAGGACCAAACCGCAGUAACAUGAGCCCCCACGGCAUCCCAGCCCGGAGCAGCGGGAGUCCCAAGUUUGCCAUGAAGACGAGACAGGCCUUCUAUCUGCACACCACCAAGCUCACCCGCAUCGCCCGGCGCCUGUGCCGAGAGAUCCUGCGCCCGUGGCACGCUGCCCGGCACCCCUACAUGCCGAUCAACAGCGCGGCCAUCAAGGCGGAGUGCACGGCCCGGCUGCCCGAAGCCUCCCAGAGCCCACUGGUGCUGAAGCAGGCCGUGCGGAAGCCCCUGGAAGCUGUGCUCCGGUACCUAGAGACCCACCCCCGCCCCCCCAAGCCCGACCCCGUGAAGAGCGUGUCUGGCGUGCUCGGAGGCCUGACCCCGGCCAAGUCGGCCCCCGUCAUCAACAACGGCUCCCCCACCAUCCUGGGCAAGAGGAGCUAUGAGCAGCACAACGGGGUGGACGGCAACAUGAAGAAGCGCCUCUUGAUGCCCAGUAGGGGCACUUACCUGGGUCUGGCGAACCACGGACAGACCAGGCACAUGGGACCAAGCCGGAACCUCCUGCUCAACGGGAAGUCCUACCCCACCAAAGUGCGCCUGAUUCGGGGGGGCUCCCUGCCCCCCGUCAAGCGGCGGAGGAUGAACUGGAUCGACGCCCCCGAUGAUGUGUUUUACAUGGCCACCGAGGAGACCAGGAAGAUCCGCAAGCUGCUAUCGUCCUCGGAGACCAAGCGAGCCGCGCGCCGGCCCUACAAGCCCAUCGCCCUGCGCCAGAGCCAGGCCCUGCCGCUGCGGCCGCCCCCGCCGGCGCCCGUCAACGACGAGCCCAUCGUCAUCGAGGACUAGCGCCCGCGCCGCGCCGCCGCCGACCACAGCCCGCGCCCCCGCCCGCCGCCCGCCCGCGCCCGCCCGGUUUUGGUAGCGUCCCCCUCCCGCCCCACCGCACAGAAACUGCUCCUCCGGGACGUCGGGAAGAGGCGCGCCGAUUCCCAGGACGCCCAGGAGUCGUUUUUAGCUUUGUGUUUACUUUUUGGCCGGAGCGGAGCCGAGGAGCCGCCCUGCGGGCCCGCACCGCGCUGCGGGCUCGCGGGCCGGCCGGAAGUUUUGUUGUGUUCUGUUGAAGGUGCCAUUUUAAAUUUUAUUUUUAUUACUUUUUUUGUAGAUGAACUUAAGCUCUGUAACUUACAUCUGGAAUGUUAGGAUCGGCAUGGCCAGCGGCCGGCCGAGCUGCCUGGUGGGGUUGGCCCCUGGUCUUUUCAAGUAAUUUUCAUAUUAAAAAAAACAAAGAAAAAAAAACUCAUAAAAAGAAAAAGCCAACUA